AUGACCGAAAUAUCUCAACUUAAUAAACUUGAAAGAAGAUUUGAGCUACUUUCUCGUAACAUACCCACUAUUGGGAAGUCAGGUCUCGCAAAUUUGGGAAAUACGUGCUAUCUGAAUUCAACAAUUCAAUGUUUAAGUCAUAUUCCUCCAAUUCGGUGAUACUUCCAAAGUAUUUUUAAAGACCUGUCUAAUGCAGUAAAGCCAGAUUCAAAGUAAUAAAUAAUCAGUGUAUUGAUUCCUUUUCAAGAGCUUAUUCAAGACUUAUGAAAUAGAACUGAUACUAUCUUUCCUGAAAACUUUGUAAGAAAUGCCUACACACUAAGCAAGGACUAUCAUCAAGAUCUUCAACAAGACGCACAAGAAUUUUUAAGGAAUCUAUUAAAUAGCUUAGAUACAGGAAUAAAAUCUAUUAUUCCUGGCUCCUCUUCAAUUGUUGCUGAUACAUUUCAGGGAAAGCUAGAAACGAAGAUUACUUGUAACACAUGCAAAACCGAAACAACAAAAAUCGAUAAUUUUCUUGACAUCUUAUUGCCUUUACCUAAAAGUAAAGAGCUUCCAAGCUUACACAAAAAAUCAAAACUGAUGAUGAACGCUAUAGAUAAGAAAAAAUACCACAAAAAUUCCCAAAAAAUUUGACUUAAGUUCAAAGAGUAACUUUUACUUAGAUUUUGCCAAAAAGGAUCAUCAAUUAUCGUAUCUUUAUAUGAUUGCCUUAUCGCAAAUUUUAAAUCUCAAGAGAUUAAUGAUGUAAAUAAUUUAUAUUAUUGUGAAGCCUGCCAAAAGAAAUGCCCUAUAGAAAUGUCAUAUAAAAUCACAGAGUUUCCCAAUGUGAUGGCAUUCAGUGUAAAAAGGUUUAAAUAUUUGCAUGGAAGCUCAAAGAUUGGGAUUCAUGUACAGUUACCAUUGACGAUAAAUAUGAAAACUUUUGGAGCCAACGAUGAAAAUGCUGAUUAUUCACUGAUUGGGAUAAUCCAACAUAAAGGGAGCACAGGAAGAGGACACUAUAAAGCUUUUUGUAAAAAUGAAGAAGACGGAAAAUGAUAUAUUUUCAAUGAUAAAAAAGUCACUGAAUGUACUAUAGAAGAUGUUUUAGAAGCACAAGCGUAUAUUGCGUUUUAUCUGAAGAAUUAUGAUGAAAGAGCGAUGCUAGAAAAAUGUGAAGGAAAUGAUAAGGUUUUUAUACCUUUGGAAUGGGUAAAUAAAUAUCAAACUAUGGCUAUUCCAAGAAAAAUUGAUUUUCAGGCAAUUGCAUGCAAGCAUGGAAACCUGUCACCUCUUUUAAAAGAAACUUCGCUAUUUCCUAUCAGCAGGGCUCAGUUUCAGACACUACAAAGCCAGUUUGGGCUAGAAGGAUCUCCAUUUGUUUCGUCUGAAGUAUGCCAGCUUUGUUCUAAAGAAAUCGAUGAUUUUAAAAUCAGAAUAAUUACAGAAGUAAAGUUAGCUAAAAAUUUAAAAGAAGAUAAUAGUUACGAAGGGCCUUGGCAUCUUGUAUCAAACUCAUGAAUCGAUAAGUGAAUUAAUUUCAUCAAUUGAACUCCAAAAUGCAACUUUUUAACUCCUGAGCUGCCAGGAUUUAUUGACAAUUCAAGUCUCUUUGAAAAUGGAGAAAUCAAAAAAAAUCUUAAGUACAGAAAGCAUUAUUCUGCUUUAAACCAAAAUCUAUGAAGAGAAUUUAAUAAAAUUUAUGGCUCAGCACAGGUUAUUUUUAAAACGCAAAAGGAUAUUUAUUCGAAAGAUGCUUAUGAAAUUCCUGAAUUUUCAAUAGAGUCAGAAAUUAAUAUGAAUAAUAAUUAA